AUGGUGCUACCUGAAAAAAACUCCAGACCUUCUGCUCCCAAGAAGAUCCCUGAGCAGCGUGUCCUACGGCACCAGAGCCUGCCCUCUCCAGCCCUGUGCUGCGCAUGUGGCCUGUGCAUCAUGCUGGCUGGCAUCAACAUCACCCUGGUGGGAGCUUUUGCCUUUGGCACCUUCAUCCCUACUAGCAACCCUCCCAUCAUCAUUGGGCCUCUCCUUUUGCUCAUAGCGCUGGCUUUCUUUACAGCCUGCUGUGUCAUCAGCCGGAGACCUCAAGACCACAUUUCCCAUAAGGCCAAAGGUGGUGAGAAAUGGGCCCUGAUGAGGAUGGGGGCAGUUGCUUUUGAGAUGGAGACCAGCGAGCACACACUUCAGGACACGACGGCUGUCCAGCUCAGCCCCACCAACUCCCCUACCUCCUCUCACAAAUCCAGCUCCAUCCACGGGGAAGCCACUGCCCUGCCUUCCUGUCAGGAUGAAGCCACCGAGCUGGACACACCCCUGAUAUGUGGCACUGGUGUUAGUGGAAAUAAACCCACCCUGAGCGCCGACUGCAAGGAGAGCACUUCCACACAGAUGCUGCCUGAUCAGAACACUACAUAG